AAUUGUGGACAAAAAUCUAAAACUGGCGAGGUUCUUGGUAAAAAGAGAAACAUAUGACCAUUUGAUAAGAAGCCGUUCUGUCCUUAGCGGCGGUGAGGAGGGGCCUUUUCCAUGAGUCUUCCCACACCCAAGUCAUUGCAUCCUCUGCUUCAGCAGCUCUCCUCCCUCCAAUUCUAUUGCCAGCUUCUCAGAGACUGCAUCUCUUCCAGAGACCUGCGCACGGGCAGAGCCAUUCACUCUCACCUCGUUAAAUCAUCGCCACAGCCACCACAUUUUGUGUCUCUCUCUAACCAUCUCAUUGAGCUAUACUCGAAAUGCGACCUCGUUUCUCUCGCCCGACGAACUUUCAACUCAAUCUUGGAGCCAAACGUCUUCUCUUGGAACAUCAUGAUGGGGGGCUACGUCAAGGAGCAGUAUAUGCGACCUGCACAACAAUUGUUCGACGAAAUGCCCCAGCGAGAUACGGUCUCGUGGAACACGUUGAUUUCGGGCUACGCUGCGGUUGGUGACACCGAGAACGUGAUGGCUUUGUUUCGUGAGAUGCUGGAGAGGAAAGUCGCGAUGGAUAAUUUCACCUUCUCCGGAGCCAUUAGCGGCUGUUCCACAAUGCAGCAGGUCCGAGCUGUUCAUGGGUCAGUGAUACGUGGGGGGUUCGAUUCGCAUGUGACGGUUCACAACACGCUGCUAACGGCUUACAGCAAUUAUGGAUGCUUGGAUGAUUCUGAGCGGGUUUUUGAGUUGAUGGAAACAAGAGAUAGAGUUACUAUGAAUGCCAUGAUUGUGGCAUAUGGGCAGCACAGGCGGGGUGCGGAAGCUUUGCUGUUGUUUCAGGAUAUGGUCCAUCAAGAUGUAGUUGUUGAUAUGUAUUCUCUGGCUAGCCUUUUGACUGCAUUUACAAGCUUAGCGGAUCUUUCAGGUGGAAAACAGUUCCAUGCCCAAUUGAUCAAAGCUGGCUAUGAAAGCAAUUCUCAUGUUGGAAGUGGAUUGGUUGACCUCUAUUCCAAAUGUGGCUCCAUCCCUGAUGCUGCUCAGGUGUUUAAAGAGAUUCCUGAGCCAGACUUGGUUCUUUGGAACACCAUGAUUUCUGGAUUUGCGAUGAAUGAGAGAGGAGAAGAUUCAGUAGUCUGCUUUCGUGAAUUGCAGAGGGAAGGCUUGCGGCCUGAUGAUUGCAGUUAUGUAUGUGUCAUCAGUGCUUGUGCGGAUUUAACUGUUCCUUUGCAGGGUAAACAGAUCCAUUCGUUGGUGGUCAGGACUGAGUUUGUCGAUCACAUAUCUGUUAACAAUGCUCUCAUUACUAUGUAUUCUAAAUGUGGUAAUCUCAAUGAUGCACGCAAUCUUUUUGAUAGAAUGCCCCAACAUAACUCUAUUUCAUGUAAUGCCAUAAUAGGCGGCUAUGCACAGCAUGGACAUGGGAUUAAAGCUCUUGAAUUGUUUGAGCAUAUGAGGAAAUCUGGGAUUAAACCGACCAGUGUGACAUUCAUUUCAGUUCUAUCUGCCUGCGGGCAUACAGGAAAGGUUGAAGAAGGAAAGUCCUACUUUAGAGACAUGAGAAAGGAAUGCGGAAUUGAGCCAUCUGCAGAGCAUUACUCGUGCAUGGUAGAUCUUCUAGGCCGAGCUGGACAGCUGGAUGAAGCGGAAAGACUCAUUAGUUCAAUGCCAUUCCAACCAGGGGCAAUUACCUGGGGUGCUUUACUUGGUGCCUGCAGAACUCACAGAAACAUAGAUCUGGGAACAAGGGUUGCAAGUGAACUACUUAGGUUAGAACCAUCAAAUGCAUCAGCAUAUGUAAUGCUUUCAAACAUGUAUGCAGAUUCUGGAAGAUGGGAUGAAGCGGCAGCAAUUAGAAAACUAAUGAAAACCAGAGGGGUGAAGAAAACACCUGGCUGUAGUUGGAUAGAGGUGAAGAAAAAAGUCCAUGUCUUUGUGGCAGAAGAUUGUUCCCACCCAAGAAGCCAAGAGAUAUACAAAUUUCUAAAGGAAAUUUCAAGGAGGAUGAAGUUGGCAGGGUAUGUGCCAGAUAUGAGAUGGGCAUUAGUUAGAGAUACAGAUGAAGAAGAGAGGACACUUAAACUAGAGCACCACAGUGAGAAAUUGGCUGUCGCAUUUGGAUUGAUGAGCUCGGGCAUUGGAGUGCCUAUUCUCGUAAUGAAAAACCUCAGGAUAUGUGGGGAUUGCCAUAAUGCCAUCAAAUUCAUCUCUGCAAUUGUUGGAAGAGAAAUAACAGUGAGAGACGCGUAUAGGUUUCAUUGCUUCAAAGAAGGCAAAUGCUCGUGUGGGGAUUACUGGUGAGCUGGAGCUAGGCUUUCAUUCCUGCAAGGGAACUUUAUUUUUUUUCCCAGAGCUAUCCUUUACUGAGUUGAUAACGCUUACUCAGUUAAGGUGCUAGCUUGUUGUUAACGCACAUUGACAAGAGCGUAUGCACCCUUGUCUGCUUUUUGGUUGCUUGCUGCUGGGACACUGUAAUUCCUUGAGAAUACAAUACUCUGACUAGGCAUGCAAAACCGGCUGGAUAUGGAAGAGAAACAACAUUUCGGUCGGGCUAGAAUUGACUUUGAUACAUUCAGAAAUGACAAACUGUCAUAUGUACUGCAGCCCAUUAGCAACCCUUACUCAGAGAGUGCUGUAAAAUGAGUAGAAGAAGGAGCUGACUGCUGAUUAUUUACAAAUGAAAAGCCAGCAGUCUUGAUGUUCUGAUGCUAAGAAUAUGUGAAUAACAGAUAACUACAUGAUUUGUUUUUCAAUUCUGUAUGCGAAGUGCUAUAGCAUCUUUGAGGGUGAAGGCAUGAAACUUGAACGGAUGCUGCAUUUUUACAGGUUCAGAAUAGAUGUGCAGGGAUUGGUAUCACGAACUUGCAAUGAUAUCUUUCUAAGCCAGAACGGCCAGCCCAAAGUGCGGUUGCUUGUAGCCACAACCGCAUGCAUUUUGUCCUUAAAAUUGUAUAUCAUUCUUGGAGCUCUUGCUGCCGUCAGGUGUCAAUUGGAAAUAAUAAAUCUUGAUUCUUUAA